AAUAAAUCCCAAGAGAACAAAAGACAUGAAAAUUCAGAAUAACAAUAGUAAUAACUGAAGAACAAAGAAAAAAAAACUAAUAAGACAGAAUAGAGACAAGAGGAGUAUAGUUAAAGCAAAAAAGAAGAAAAUAUAGGUACCGUUGGAAAGAACAGUCACACCCUUCUUCCCUUGGAACAAAACAACAAAAGUGUUGAGGGCAAUAGAAAAGCACGCACACUCAACUCUAAAUGCCUUGCUUCAUGGAUCUGGUGCGUGGCUCUGAUGGAUAACAGGAAGAGAGAAGGGCCACUGUUCUCUUAUGGCAGGGAAAGGCAAGAUGGGAGCAAUGGCGGUGUGGAGGAAGAGGAGGAAGACUUGUUUGGAGAGGAUGAUGAAAUAUUCUCCAUGAUUUCUGAGGAUAGCAUCAAGAUAGAGGAGACACAAGUACAGCAGCAGCCGCAGCCGUCAACAAGUUACCAUCCUGGGAGGCCACCACAACCACCGCCUCAGUUCAGACCCUCAGAGAGACUGCCAGACUUUGAUGAGGAGGCGGGCUCAACAUGGAUCUUCCCGGUGAACUACCCACUGAGGGGCUACCAGUACUCCAUGGUGGAGAGCUCCCUCUUCAGGAACACACUCAUCUCUCUGCCUACUGGUUUAGGGAAGACCUUCAUAGCAGCCGUGGUGAUGUACAACUUCUACCGGUGGUACCCGACGUGCAAGGUGGUGUUCAUGGCACCCACCAAGCCCCUCGUGUGUCAGCAGAUUGAGGCGUGCUUCAACAUCAUGGGCAUCCCGCAGGAGGACAUAUCCCAGAUGACGGGCACCCUCAAUCCGGAGAAGAGGAUGGAACAGUGGGCCACGAAGCGAGUGUUCUUCCUCACGCCCCAAGUAGUGACCAAUGACUUGUCCAGGGGAAGCUGCCCAGCCAAGCUCAUCAAGUGUCUGGUGCUGGAUGAGGCUCACCGGGCACUGGGGAACCACGCCUACUGCCAGGUUGUGCGUGGGUUGAAAGAACACGGGCAUGAUUUUCGUAUUCUGGCUCUCUCAGCAACUCCAGGCUCUGAUCUGAUGGCUGUCAAGCAGGUGCUGAACAACCUGUGUAUAUCACAUGUGGAGCUGCGCAGUGAGGACAGUCCGGACAUCCAGGACUACACGUUUCAGCGCAGCAUUGAGAAGGUGGUUGUGCCCUUCGGGGAGGAACUCACCAGCUUCAAGAACAGGUACCUCAAGGUUCUGCGAGUGUAUGUUGGUAGAUUGCUGGAUUUAAAUGUCUUGCAUACAAGAGAUGAAACAACAUUAACAAAAUUCCAGCUGCUGAAGUCUCGAGAGUGUUUCCGGCAGAACCCGCCCAACAAUUUGCCACGCUACAGGUUUGGCGUGGUGGAGGGACUGUUUGCCUUGUGCAUGACCCUCUACCACUCCUAUGAGCUGAUGCUGCAGCAUGGCACCAGGUCAUUCUACAGGUUUUUGAAAGAAACACUAAGUGGAGGAAAGAGUAACUACUUUGCACGAAGAGAAUUGUGCAACAACGAGAUAUUUCAGUCAAUAAUGAAUGAUCUUUCAAAAAAAUUUGAAGCUGAUGGUGUGAUGAGUCCCUCAAAGCAGGAUCAGUCAGGACUGUUUUCUCUGGUUGGCUCUCCGCAGCCCAAAAAUGGCGCUGGAACUUCCAAGGGGCCUUUUGUCAUUAGUCAUCCCAAAAUGGCAAAGCUUCUUGAAGUCGUUCUUGAACAUCACCAAAAAUUUGCCCGUGAGGGAAAGUCAACAAGGAUCAUGAUAUUUUCACAGUACCGGGAUAGUGUGAUGGAGAUAACAGAGAUGCUGCAGCAGCAUCACCCGACUGUGAAAGCCAUGAGCUUCAUCGGCCACAGCACCAAAGCCCAGAAGGGAAGGGGAUUCUCACAAAAGAAGCAGCUUGAGGUUGUGAGGAAAUUCCGAGGAGGCGGCUACAAUACAUUAGUUUCCACAUGUGUAGGAGAGGAAGGGUUAGAUAUUGGAGACGUGGACCUGAUUGUCUGCUAUGAUGCCCCCAAGUCCCCCAUCAGGCUGGUACAGCGCAUGGGCCGUACUGGGCGCCAGCGUGAGGGCCGCAUUGUGGUGCUGGUGACCAAGGGCAAGGAGGAGGAGAGUUACAACGCGAGUCAGUACCAGAAGAAAGCAAUUAACAAUGCCCUGGCAAACACCAGCAAGCUUGCCCGCUACCUCAGUCCUAGCAGCCCCCGCAUGGUGCCUUCAGGUCUGUCACCAACUUGCCUCAAGCUGCACAUGAAGGUGGAUGCCUGGAAGACCAAUACUAAGGGCGGCAGAUCUACUCCCAAGGGCCGGGGCUCCAUUCUCUCCAUGAUUUCCAGGACAAACAGUGCCACCUCCAAGGCUGGCCAGGGAGUACCUCUGAUGUCCCAGGAUGAUUGGCAGUGGUACAGGAACAACAAGGUGGCUCAGCAGGACAUCAAGACCCUCCCUCCUCCCUCCCUCAUGUGUCUGGAUGCCUCCAACUACACAUUUGACUCCAAGAGGCACAUCAACUUGGGCAGCUACCAGCCGUGGCAGUCCCUCCCCCAGAUGACUCACCUGGUGGGCCACUCCCCACUCACCCUGCACUUGGUGGAGCUCACAGAGUUCAUCGGUCUGCAGCAACACAUUGGCGCUGAUGAGGACCCGUAUGGCCUGGAGAUGGCGGCAUUCCUCAACAUGGCUUAUGUGGAAGAUGAUGAGGAAGUUCACCAGUUAAGUCCUGACUUCAAAAGAGUAAAUGACAGACAGAAUCAAGAAGACAAAAAAGAGAAAAAGGGGAAAAGGAAGCAAAAUGCUGUGACAAACAAGAGAAAGAAGGCAAAGGUUGUACAGAGUUCUCUCAUCACUGCUAUGUUCAGCAGGAUGACACAGUCUCAAGCAAAAGAUAGAGAGGAUAAUCAGCCAAAAGGAAUGGAGCAUUUUGAGGAUGCCACAAGGAGGCUAGUGGUGGGGUCAAGCCAAUCUAGUGUUAAGAGCAGUGCUGUGAAUGCCAAUAUUGUGCACAUGAGAGAUGAUGAUGUGAACAGUGCUGAUGAUGAUGAUGAUGUCAUAUGUCUGAUGGAUGACAAUGUGAAUUUAGCUCAAAACACACCUGGGAGUUCAGCUGGGUCUCAGAAUGACAGACAUAAAUUUCUGGGCAAGACAGAGCCUAGCAAAAGUAACAGACUUAAUGAGAACCACACCAGAAUAAUUAAAGAUGAAAGACAAGGUGAUAUUGAAGGUGAAUUGUUCUUCCCAAUACCAAGUGGAAAUGCUUUGUCCAUUGACAUACUGGUGCCUCCCCCAAAGAUUGAUGAUGAUGAUAAUAAAGAGAUAGAAGAACCAGACAGUCCAUCAGAAGUCUUAGAAUUCUGCAAUAAGUGGGUGACCAGGAACCUAAAGAAAACACCAACAGUGAGACAAAAAGUCAAUGCAUUAUAUUGUUCUAAGGAUAUCUUUGAAUCUUUCAUCACAGAGGAAGUGUCUGGGGCUAAAAGUGCAAGUACAAGUAAGCAUACUAAUAAUACUGCCUGCAAGUUAAUAGAUGACAAUGAUAACUAUGAACAGCAACUAGAGACUUCUUUAUUGAGCAUUGGAGAAGUUUCUCCAGUUAUUGGUAAAUUUCAGUGUACCAAAAACAAGGUCAUGAUAAAUACUAAUGAUAAUGGAAACAAAAUUUUUGGCACUUCUGGAGAUGCUGCUGACUUGAUAGAACUUGACACAUCUCCAAUAGUUGGCAGAAACAGUACGCUGCAUUGUGCCUCAACCCCUAAAGUUGUCUCCAAAUGCUUGUUCAAGAAGUUCACUCCUGGACUGUCUACUGUUGGAGAGUUUUCUCCCAUACCCUGGAAAGAUACUAAUGCCUCUCCCAGUAGUGUUGGUCACUCCUCUGUGAGAGGAGACAAGGGCCAGCAAGACACUCCCAAGCAGGCUGCCCCUCACCUGGACCACCGCAACAGAUUCAAGUCUAAGUUAAGUAGAUUUGCCAAGCCUGAAGUGCCUGAAUUAGAAUCCAUUGCUGAGAUCCUUUCUGUUGACAAAUCCAAAGUUAGUAAUGGAAUUUCUGUUGUGGAAGAAAGUGGAAAAAAAUCUCAGAAGAAAUUAUAUCAUGAUGCAGGAGAUGGAGAAGAGGAAAUUACUGUUGAAUUUAAUAAACCUGAAAUUCAAAAAAGUAAUCUUAAUGAAAAAUUCAGUGAAAUAAAAAAUGUUGAAUCUUUGCAAAAUAUGGUUUCUGAAUGCAAAAAUGAUUCCAGUUUUCUUUUUGAAGACCUCAAUAUGAUUAACUUGAGUAAAGAUAGUGGGAACCAAAUAGCUGAGGAGAAAAAUAAAGAGGACAUGGCGUGCAUGAGCCGCAGUAAUAUUUCAAACUCUGUAAGAGAUUUACCUCAGUCAUCUCAGAAACUAAGGGAGGAAAAUGUAAUUAAAGGUCAAAUGAACACAACAAAUACUCAACAUGGAGAAAGAAGUCAACAUGGUGUAGUUCAAGGUGCCAAAGUGAAAUCUGCCAAGGACAGUAAUAAAUAUCAUGAAGCAGCCGUCAGCAACUCUCCUGAUCUGAUGGAAGAUUGCUCUCUCUUUGAACGCAUUGCAGAGUGUGAUGUUGAACCAGCUACAGCUAGGUCCUCAGUGGCAGAAAACCUUGACAAUUCAAGUUAUGGACUGAGCGUAACACAGGUUCUCAACUUUAUGAACGAGAAGUCUGAUUGUAGUACACAGCAUGCCUCCACCUCUAAUAUAUUUCCAAAACCUUCACCGAUUCACUCCCAAAAAGUGCAGAUGAAUAAGAUGCAGUCGGUUGGUCACCUGGCUUCAAAGUCUAACCUGAGUCUGAGUAGGAGCAGUCAUCAUGAGUCAGAAGCUACUAGUUACAAGUGUGAAGUUCCUGGCACAUCCACCAGUUCUCAAGUGCGUGAUGGUCCCAGGUUGUCUCUUAGUAGAACUCUGCCAAAACUGCCUGGUAAAAGUAAUCAUGCCAUUGAGCAGAAGACACAGCAUCAGCAUGUCAGGGAAAAGCAUAUCUUUUUUUGCGCCCAGGAGAAUGAAGAGUUUGAGGAGAUGUCAGAAUCUCUCCUUGCAGAUAUAGACCUCAAACUUGUAGAAAUACCUCGUAGUGUGAAUGAUGUGCAAAGUGAAAAUGUUUCAGGUAGCAAGAAUUCAAGUACCAUUUUGUACCCAAUGCCUGUUACCAAUGAGGAUCAGGUUAAUAGAACACAUGAAGGAAGCAAAAAUCUCUCCACCACAAGAUUUUUUUCAAAUGGAACACAAGAUGACACAAGAGAAAGUAACAAAUUCAUGUCCCCAACACAAGCUGAUAUAAGAGAAAGUAGCAGAUUUAUGUCCCUAACACAACCCGAGAAAAAGGAAAACAGCAGAUUCAUGUCGCCAACACAAGAUGAGACACAGCUUCUUAUUACAAGGAAGCGCAAGGCGUACCAUGUAGUGGGGUCUGACCAGGAAGACUCUCUCCUUAGUAGUGACUCAGAGAAGAAUGUGUCCAAGGCAUCAACAACCUCAGGGAGCAGCAAGACCAGCACCGUCAGCACAUGUGUGACAGCUCCCCUCAGGAAGGCUGUGGCUAACAAGAUGAGGAAUCAGUUUGAUGAUGAAGAUGAUGACUUUGUUGAAGUUCUUGGCCUUCCUCAACCCAAGCAGCAGAAAGUGAAGAGUUUCACAAAGAAGAAGAAAAGGAAGAAGCUUGAAUACCUUGACGAUGAGGCAGAAAUUUCACUGGAUACUAAGGGUAUCUCCAGCGAUGAGUCCAGUGAGGAGGAGAAGGAGUAUGACCGCAGCUUUAUGGAUGACAGGACGUACCUCUCGCAGGACAACGCACAGGACAUGAGGGCUGUGUACCUGAGGUCAGUUGUGAGUCCCAUGCAGGGGAAGGCUCAGCUCAACCUUCCCCCACCCAAGUACAAUUACCUCUAUGACUCAGAUGCCAGUGAGGGUGAGGAGGGAGAGGACAGCUUUGUGGUGGACAACAGCUUUGUGGAGUAUGAGACAGAAUACAUUGGAGACACAAUGCUGGCAGAGGACCCCAUCAUCAACCAGGCUCUUCAGGAUCAAGGAAAUUCCAAGAAAACUGAAGAUGCUGCUACUGGCAAUAAAGCAAAAAGAAAAAGAAUAAUAAUGAAUGAGUCUACAAGUGAAGAAGAUACAGAGAAUGAACAGAGUCCAGUGAAAGAUCAGUCACUCACUGGUGUGGGGGGGACACAGCCUUUACAUCAAGUCAGUGAGAUGAGUGUGAGGAUCCAGGUCAGGAACACUACUGUGGCUUGCAACAAAAACACACCAAGCUGCUCUAGAGAUGGCCUUGGUGAUGAGAAAGGUUUGGAGAUAAUCAUGGAGGUCAAUCCAUUUAAAUCACCAUCAGGACCCUCCAAGCAGUCUGAUGAAGUGGUUCCUGUCAACAGCAGAAGUGAACAAAGAUUUACAAACAGUAGUAGACCUGAAAGCACAAGUUCUCUAGUUAGUAAAAGCAGUUAUGUUCUGCCAGCAACAAACAGGAGUGGCAGUGCAGUGAAUGUGCAGCAGGCACCUCAUGGCAUAGGAAGGAAUGGGGGAAACCAAGAAAGGGCUAAUAGUGGUACUGGUAGUGGUGGUGGUGGACCAAGCAAGGAAACCACUGAGAAGGAUUCUAAUGAAAAUGCAGAUAUAUCAGUAAUUUCCAACAUACCACCCAGUCCUAUGUCAUCCAUGGGAGGCUGCCAGUCACUCUUGCCAGAGUCUCCUCAACUCAACAAGUCCUCCAGUAGUUUCUUUGUCUCUGCUGAGCCUCACAAUUCAAGCUUCUCUUUCAGCCAGUCUUCAGGGAGCAGCACACCACAGGAAGCUGUCGGGGUGCUGGUUGACUCGAGUGAAGUCAACAGUGGAGGCAACGUGUUGUCGCGACUGAGGCUGCGCUACAGAGCCCACACAGCAGUGGUCCAACUCACUCAUGCUCACUAUGCCGUCUCCACACGCAUGGCUGUAGCGAGGCUCUCUCUGACAGUGUUCAGCAGCACCCAGCACAGGAGCCACCUGGUGGAGAGAGUGCAGGGUAUGCUGGAACUGUAUGAGCGACCUGUGCUCAUUGUGGAGGACGAGGCAGCCAGGGGGAGCCCAGCACACCAGGCACGCUCCCGAUACCUGGACACCAUUGUGUGUGCCUGCACCCAGGUGUCAGCCCUCAAGGUGCUCUACUCCAAGGGUCAAGAAGAAACUUCCCAUUUGUUGUGGCAGUUGCUCCUUCAGGAGAAAACUAAGGGGUUUAAGAUAUCAGUUGUACCCACAAUGACUAAAAAAAGGCAACAGAUGGCAAAGUUCUACCUCACUUUGCCAAACAUUAGUUACCCCACUGCUGUUGCCCUUGCCCAGAGUUUCAGCACUGUUAGGGAGUUCAUCACUAGUUCUGUUGAAUGCAUACAGAAGAAGGGCAAGAUUUCACUGGAGCGUGCCACGGCUGUGAAGCAGCAGCUCACCAGGCAAUUCAGGGAAGACAUGCUGCCCUGAUUGCUCACUCCCUGUGUUAUGACAGGUUUACAGCAUCCUGCAAAUGGGCUGGUGCCUGGAUGUGGAGACAGCCGGCCAACACUGUCCCUGGAACUUACACUCACCAACCUCACCAACACCAGUCUGAGUGGGGGAAGCUGUCCUGAAGCUCAACUCAGUACCUGCAGUGGGUGUAAGGAGUUUUCUCUCUCUCUCUCUCUCUCCCCCAGUUCUAUCUAUUAUUUCCAUAUUUCUUUCUUGUAAUGGAGAACAAAGGUUCCAAGUGUGCCUUCUGUAUGAGUGUGAGAAUAGCACCAAGAACACCAGCAUUGUUUUGUCCCAGUUUAACCUGCACUCCAGAUAGACUCACAGUAUUUCUCUGCUGGGGAAUCUUCAUGUCUGUUGUGACUGUUGUGUCUCAGUGAGUGCCGGUGCUCCACAUGAAAGAUUCUGGUGGUGGUUGUCAAGGCACAGCAUAUCUAACUAUGGAAGUGUAACAAGGUGCAUUUCAGGAUGAUAUCAAAUGGAAUGUUUUGUGCUGAAAUUUCUAUGUUUACAAUUCAGGGUUUUAUAUUACAUUAAGCUUCCAUUUGAGUGUCACCCGUGGGUAUUGCAGUAUGCCAAGAACCCGUACUUAGUGGUUGAUGAUGUGGUAAUGUGGUUGGUUAAAGUAUAAUUUACCUUUAAUAAUUACUGUGAACUUAACCAGCAGCCAGAUAGAGGUCACUUGCUGUGUGCAAUAUACCUUUAUUUUUAUGUAAUGUUAUAUAUUUAUUUUUUUACUGGAACAAGUUUACAGCUACUGGCUAAGUUUUGACAGAAUAACAAAGGUGAAUAGGGCAGUGUCCCAAUCAAGUGUUAAGGAAAUCACAUAAUGAGAGUGGAUGGUAAUCUUUUUAGUGUGGGUAAUGUUAAUAAUGCACAUUUAAUAUAAAAAGGAAAUAAACAGUGAAGAAAGCAUUUAUGAAUCUGUCAGUAACUAAAGACAAGGAGAGCAGAGUGUGGCCUUCCUUCACAGACUGGUAGAGGAAAAGGAGUGUGAUCCCAAACACCCAGGCUUGGCAAUGCUGUGAUUCUCUGUUUAGGUUUCUCUAUACAGCACUGACACUCACUGAAGACUCAGAAUAAUUUGGUGAGAUAUUUAAUUUGAUUCAGGUCAAUUGUGGUUCAGGAUGCAUCAUGUGUGUGCUGCUGAUGCAUCACCACAAGGAGAGUUUACUGAAGUGUUGCUGACAUGGUGAUUGUCUGUGUGAUGGGCCUUUACUGUGGUGCUCUCUUGUAUGUCACAAAACAGCUUGUCAGUGCCUUGUAUAUAUAUAACUGUUAAAAGAUUCUGUAAAUACACUACAUUAUUUAUAAACUUCUCUGCAUUAUGCAGCUUAACUGUGAUAUUAAGAUAUUUGUAAGUGUGUAUUUACAUUUGGUUUCCUUAAAUAUUUGUAUAUAAACAUAUUGUAGUUAAGUUUGCUCUGUGUCAGUAAUUCAAGGAACAUUGAGGGUGAGAACUGGUCUUGUGGUGGGUGUUGCACAGACUGGAGUAGUAUGAACCUAAUCCAUUACUGUGAUGGCUACUGAGAUGUAUUAUUGCCUUCAGACCAGCAGGGGCAGUUUUGAACACUGUCUUGGGGCAGGUGAUAUUUGUCAUUUUCAUAGGAGCUCCAUUGGCUAGAUCUGCCUAUUGAUGUCUUUCAGGCCUCCCUGCUGACUUUCUCCUCCAUGUGCUUAGAGAUAUUGGUUAAAAACUGCUGAGAUUAGUCAGUGAAACCUUUGUACCUUUUUGAAUAUUUGUGUUGUCAUAGGAGUUGAUGACUGUGAGCUACAGUGAUGGAAGAUGUUUUAUUUAUUGGGAAAGUCCUCAAAACAGUUGUGAUAAAAUUUAAGAUAAGGACAAGUGAUGGCAUUCUUUUAUGCAUUUUGUGUGUCUUCCAAAGUAGUGUUGCCCUCAAGCUAAUUAUCAUCUCAUAUCAUGUUUGAAAGGAACCAGUAAUACAUUGCAGAUGACAAAGUAUGGUAACUAUAAAUUUCUGUUUUACAUUGCAUGUCUCACACACACACACACACACACACACACACACACACACACACACACACACACACACACACACACACACACACACACACACACACACACACACACACACACACAC